GCCUUUAAUUUGUUUCCUCGAUAGACAUUUAAAUUAAGUGAUGGGUUUUCGUUUGAGUCAUUUGAGUCUUGCAUUGAGUUUUGUGGCACUUGCACUUGCAGGUGUUGCUAUUUAUAGAAAUACUUAUGAAGCCAUCAUCAUGAAAAACGGUUCACUCCUCAAAAAUGUUUCUCCAGAUUUCGAUUCGUUGGAAUCAGGCGUAGCCAGUAUUUUAACCUUAAAUAAUAAUAAGAAGAGAAAUUCAGACAAGUACUUGAGACAGCAACUAACUCCGGAGGCAUGCGUUUUCUCAGCUGUACGAGCAGUUGUGGACAGUGCUAUUGAUGCAGAAACUCGCAUGGGAGCUUCUCUCAUUCGUCUCCACUUUCAUGACUGCUUCGUUGAUGGUUGUGAUGGAGGUAUUCUGCUAGAUGAUAUUAAUGGAACAUUUACAGGGGAACAAAACUCACCACCCAACGCCAACUCAGCCAGAGGUUAUGAAGUAAUAGCACAAGCUAAACAAAGUGUCAUAAACACAUGCCCCAACGUAUCUGUAUCUUGUGCCGACAUAUUAGCUAUUGCUGCUCGUGAUUCUGUUGCUAAAUUAGGAGGACAAACUUAUAGCGUUGCAUUAGGGAGAAGCGAUGCUAGAACUGCCAACUUUAGUGGUGCUAUAAAUCAACUUCCAGCUCCAUUCGACAACCUAACAGUCCAAAUACAGAAAUUCAGCGACAAAAAUUUCACCCUCCGUGAAAUGGUUGCACUAGCUGGUGCACACACGGUAGGUUUCGCCAGGUGUUCCACAGUUUGCACCAGCGGUAACGUUAAUCCUGCCGCACAACUCCAAUGCAACUGCUCCGCCACGCUAACUGAUUCUGAUUUGCAACAAUUGGAUACUACUCCUACUAUGUUCGACAAAGUUUACUACGAUAACUUAAACAGCAACCAAGGCAUAAUGUUUUCAGAUCAAGUUUUGACCGGGGAUGCUACAACUGCUGGUUUUGUAACGGAUUAUAGCAACGAUGUGAACGUUUUCCUUGGAGAUUUUGCUGCUGCCAUGAUCAAGAUGGGAGACUUGCCCCCCUCCGCCGGCGCUCAAUUGGAAAUUCGUGAUGUUUGUAGCAGGGUUAAUCCCACUUCAGUGGCUUCUAUGUGAAAAAUUCGGAAAUUUUAAUUAACUUAUCUCGCGACUAGUUGCUUCAUGUUUUCUUCAAAAUAAAAGAAUCACUGGCUCCAGAAUGUGGUUUGGUUUUGGUAUUUGUUUUGUAAUCCAUCCUAUUUUAUAUGAAUAUUGUUUUCCUUGUGUGCUAA